AUGUCGAAAGUUUUCCUUCCAAGAUAUGUUUUUCCAAUACACAACAUAAAUAUUCCAAGCUUUCAAGGACACCAAAAUAAGGCUAUUAAUAGAAUAAUUCAACUUUUACCACAACUUAAUCUCAUUCUAGAAUUAAGGGAUAUUAGAGCCCCAUUAACAACACAUAAUGUUAUAUUUGAUAAACUGAUUAACGAAUCCAAGAGAAGCGAUCUUAUAGAUAGAGUAGUUGUAUAUACUCGCCAAGACUCAGGAAGUGUUAAUAAUAGUAUGAGAAAAAAGAUAGAUCAGCUCCACAAAGUAGAAGGUAACAUUCUUCAAAACAUUGAAUUUAUUGAUGCACGCAGUUCUAAGGAUGCAAGAUUAAUUCAAAAUUUGAUUAGAAACUUCCAAAAUAAAUAUGAAGAUAAACUACAGCGGCCGCUACCACUUGGCUAUAAAGUGCUAAUAGCGGGUCCACCAAAUGUGGGAAAGUCUACUCUAAUCAAUUCAUUAAGGAGAGUAAGUAACAGCCUAAGGUCUCAAAAAAAGGUAGCUAAAACAGGAGGUCAAGCUGGAGUGACACGAAAUACGAGUGAAUUAAUUCGAAUCUUGCCAAAUGCUUACGUGGUAGAUACACCUGGUGUUGGUUUUCCAGUACUACCCCAUCAUAGGGCAUUACCAUUAGCACUGUGUGGAUCUUUAAAGGAUGGGGUUGUAGAUCCAUUUAUACUUACGGAUUAUUUGUUAUACCUGAUCAAUCUCCAUCCACUUGGUUCUCAUGAACGUUAUCCCGGUCAAUUCAAAGAUCCAACGAACGAUAUUUAUACUGUCCUCGAAAGACUUGUAAAACAAGGACAGGGAACGAAUAUCAAUGAUGCUUGUAACAGAUGGCUCAAUAAAUGGAAGCAUAAUAAAACUAGCGACCCAAAAUAUAGUGGUUUAUUUUAUGAUCCCGAAUUAUUAUUGCCAACGUCAAAUUUCUCUUAUGAUAAAUAUAUAAUUGAUGAACUAAAGAAUCUGGAAGGUUUUAAGCUCAAUUGGGAAAGAAAUUCUGGGAAAAGAGCAAAGUAUUUUAAUAUGGUUAAUGAUUUAUUCUAA